GCUCCGCUCCUUGGACGAUGGGAAGCGGCCAAUGAGCCAGGCACUCCCACUCUACACGGAGGAAAAGUGAAGUCUCCUAGAAACGUUACCCAAUCUGUGUCCGUAUUUUCUUCACUCUCCUCUGCUCCAACUCCACUCGUUCUCAUCCCCCUCCAAAGUCGUCUCCUUCCUCCCUUUGCCAUUGUUUUGGUGAACCACCUUCUCAACAAAUCCAAGCGAGCCAAAGCAAUACCGGCACCACCAUUGCCAUUGCUGACCACUCCUCUUCUUAACCUCCCUCCAUGCAUGCUGCAUGCCACGGCAUCACCACUUCACCUCACCUCCACUGCCAUGGCCGGCACCAAUGGCGCCCCUCGCCUUCUCCGGCUCCCUACCACUGCUACCACCUCGUCGUUGCCACUGCUGCAACUACUAGUGCUACUACAGCUACUAUGCCUCGCCUCGGCGCUUAACCAAGACGGCAUACAGCUGCUGUCCUUCAAGCAAUCGCUCGCCUCAGACCCUCUCGGCUCCCUCUCCGGCUGGGGUUACGCCGACGCCACGCCCUGCGCAUGGAACGGCGUCGUCUGCUCGCCGGACUCGCGAGUCGUCAGCGUCGUCCUGCCCAACGCGCAGCUCGUCGGCCCCGUCGCCCGGGAGCUCGGCCUCAUCGAGCACCUGCGCCACCUUGACCUCUCCGGCAACGCGCUCAACGGAACCAUCCCGCCCGACCUGCUCCGCGCGCCGGAGCUACGCGUGCUCUCGCUCGCUGGCAAUGGCAUUACCGGCGACCUGCCGGAGCAAGUCGGCCAGCUGCGCAGCCUCCGCGCGCUCAACCUAGCUGGCAACGCGCUCUCCGGCACCGUUCCGCAGAACCUUACCCUGCUCCCCAACCUUACCGCCGUCUCGCUCGCCAACAACUUCUUCUCCGGCGCGCUCCCCGGUGGGGGUUUCCCGGCGCUGCAGGUGCUCGACGUCAGCGCCAACCUGCUGAACGGCACUCUGCCGUCGGACUUUGGCGGGGCCGCGCUCCGGUACGUCAACCUCUCGUCCAACCGCAUCGCCGGCGCCAUACCGCCGGAGAUGGCGUCGCAUCUGCCGGCCAAUGUCACCAUCGACCUGUCCUACAACAAUCUCACCGGCGCCAUCCCGGCGGUGCCGCCGUUCUCGGCGCAGAGGCCCACAGCGUUCGAGGGCAACGCCGAGCUCUGCGGAAGGCCGCUGGACGGCCUCUGCGGCUUCACGUCCUCCUCUGCCGUGGAACCCCCGAACGCUACCGCAAAGUCGCCACCGGCCAUCGCAGCGAUCCCCAGGGACCAGACCGAGGCGCUUCCUGGCGAUGCUACCAGCAAUGCCGCCGGAGCGUCGGCGUCCGGGGAGCAGCGCGGCAGGAUGCGGCUUGCCACCAUCGUCGCCAUCGCCGCCGGCGACGUGGCUGGCAUCGCCGUCCUAUUCGUGGUGGUCCUGUACGUGUACCAGGUGAGGAAGAGGAGGCAGCGUCAGGAGGUGGCGAAGCAGAGGAUGGGUGGCGUCGUGUUCAAGAAGACGGAGGCGGACGAGUCUCCGGACGCCGUCGGCCGGAGCCUUUCCUGCUGCCUGCGCAAGAAGGGCGGUGACGACAGCGACGAAUCGGAGGAAGUCACGGACACGUCGGCCACCUUCGCCGCCAAGGAGGGCAUCACAAACACGAACAGCAAGGCUGGAGUUGAAGCGGCGGCGGGCAAUAAGAAGAAGGGCGGCGACGGCGCGGUGCUGGUGACAGUGGACGGCGGCGUGGAGCUGGAGCUGGAGACGCUGCUGAAGGCUUCCGCGUACAUCCUUGGCGCAGCCGGCAGCAGCAUCGUGUACAAGGCCGUUCUGGCCGACGGCGCGGCGCUGGCGGUGCGCCGGAUCGGAAGCGACUGCGCGGGCGUUCGGCGGUUCAGCGAGCUGGACGCGCAGAUGCGCGCCGUGGCGAAGCUGCGGCACGACAACAUCCUCCGGCUGCGCGGCUUCUACUGGGGCCCUGACGAGAUGCUCAUCAUCCACGACUUCGCCGUCAAUGGCAAUCUUGCCAACCUCUCCGUCAAAAGGAAGCCGGGGUCAUCGCCGAUCAACCUCGGGUGGAGCGCUCGUCUCCGCAUCGCGCGCGGCGUGGCGAGAGGCCUCGCGUACCUCCACGACAAGAAGUGGGUGCACGGCAACGUGAAGCCGAGCAACAUCCUGCUGGACGCGGACAUGGAGCCGCUGCUGGCCGACCUCGGCGUGGACCGGCUGGUCCGUGGCGCGGACGGCGGCGGGCUCAUGAAGCCGUCGUCGUCGGCGAUGUUGGCGGGGCGGAUCGGGAGCAAGCGUUCGGCCAAGAGCCUCCCGGACCUGUCGCCGCCGCUGAGCCACGUAGGCACGACGACCGGCGCGUCAGCGAGCCCUGUCGCGGGCGGCGCUCCCGCCGACACGACGGCGGCGCACUACCGGGCGCCGGAGGCCGUGAGAAGCCCCAACAAGGCGAGCGGCAAGUGGGACGUGUACUCGUUCGGCGUGCUGCUGCUGGAGCUGGUGGCCGGGCGCGCGCUGACGAGCCUGGAGCUGUGCCAGUGCGCGGCGGAGGAGAAGGCCCAGGCGCAGGCGCUCCGGGUGGUGGAUCCCGCGCUGCGCGGCGAGAUGGAAGGGCGGGAGGAGGCCGUGGCGAGCUGCCUCCGGCUGGGCGCCGCGUGCUGCGCCAUGGCCCCGAGCAAGAGGCCGUCCAUCAGGGACGCGCUGCAGGCCAUGGAGAGGAUACCUGCUCUAGCUGCUGCGGCGGUGGGGAUGGCUGCUUCGUCCUCGUCGUCAGCGUCCACGGCAGCGCACCAUCAUCAUCAGUGAAAAAGAACACACAUUUUGCGUUGGUGGCGAUUGUUGAUUUGCAGUCAAAAUUUUAUUUGUCAUGGAUGCGUGCUUGUAGUUGUAGCUUCUCGUCUCUGUACCAUACCAUCAUUCACGUACGGUUUUGUAAGUUGAGUCCCAGCUCCUGAAAGGAAUUGGUUUGCAUGGUUGCAUUGCAUUGCAUCUCACUCGGAUUUUGACGGCAAUUCCAAUUCUCAUACUGCAAAUAAA